GUUCGUAAGAGUUGAAAAUUGAAAUACUUCAUCUGGCUGGCAACUCUUCCCCCCCCCCCCCCCAGUACGAGAUAUGGGGUGUGGGGACCCUCCUCUCCCCCUGCUGCAGGAUAAAUAGAGGACGAAGGAAAAUUUUAACCAGACUCGUCCUCUGCUCUGGGCUAAGAAUAUUCUCGCCACUCACCAUGAAGAAGUUGCUUCUGGCGACGGUUGUCGUCAGUGUCGUGCUGGGGACGACCUCUGCAACACCUGACCCAGCGCCCCACUCCUAUCAACGAGGACGGAGUUCUCAUCACCGGGGAGGAUAUCACAGUACUGGCGGAUUCAGUGGUCACGGGGGUCAUCAUGGCAGCCAGUUUGGUAGACCAGGAAGUCAUGGCAGCCAGUUUGGUGGCUAUGGAAGUGUCGGUGGCUUUGGCAGUCAUGGUGGUGUGGGUGGCUUUGGCAGUCAUGGUGGUGUGAGUGGCUUUGGUAGUCAUGGUAGUGUGGGUGGCCUUGGUAAUCCUGGAGGUGUUGGAGGCUUUGGCAGUCAUGGUAGUUUGGGUGGUCUUGGUAAUCCUGGAAGUGUCGGUGGCUUUGGCAGUCAUGGUGGUGUGAGUGGCCUUGGUAAUCCUGGUGGCGUUGGUGGCUUUGGCAAUCAUGGUGGUGUUGGUGGCCUUGGCAAUCAUGGUGGUGUCGGUGGCUUUGGCAGUCAAGGUGGCCAGUUGGUUAGCCAAGGCGGGAGCCAUUCUGGAGGACAAGGAAGCAUUAUUCCUAUUGAUUCAAUCCGUAGUCACAAGCCACAGGGAUGACAUCCAUGUCCUGGUGAACAAUGAGUUAUUCAUGUUCUGUUGAACAACCGAGAACACUGCUGAACUAGCGACAACCUUCUUGCUUGACACAGAUUGUGACAUUUGUCUUGAAUAUGAAACGUGCAACAGGACAUCGAGUGUGUUGUGGUAUUCUGUAAUAAAACUAAAUUUUUUCAUGA